GUCUCGUAGCUCAGGCGAGUACGUAACGCAUAAUUUGUUUGCCCUCGUUUGGCCCAUCGGCUGCCAUCCCUCAGCAGUGUCACAGGCGAGAGCAAACUGAGGAUAAGGUGCACAAGACACAGUCCUGCUUUGAGAAGAUGCAUCAGAAUCGACCCAUGCUAAAUACAUUUCCGACGAUCGAUCUUGCUAUACCUCAUUUGUCAGCCGGAGAGCCUAACCCUCCAGCCCUACGCCAAGCCCAAGAUGCGAAUGACUACAUCAUCGAGGCAAUAUCGCUCAACAGCUGCAUAUCAUCUACCCUAUCGCAGCUAAGCAGUCGCAGCCUGAUUUUGAGCUGAGCACCCCUACCAUAUCUAUAGCCCCCAUCCCUCCGCAAUGAAUUUUACAAUGCCGUUCAACAAUCCAUCAUCGACUUGCUCCCUCGGCCAUGGACCCCCUCAGCAUCGCCAGCGGCGUAGCAGGCCUUCUCACAGUCUCAGCCGCUGUGAUAAAAACGUUUGACACCGUCAAAACCAGCAUCGAAAACUGUCCCCGAACAGUAUUCUGGGCGCACGCUGAAACAAAAGAGAUCAACUGGGCGAUUAAACGCCUCAAGAGUUUAAUCGAUGAUCCGGAUUCGGUGCCGAAAGCGGCGAGGAUGUCGGUUGGUAUUCAUGAUGCGACUGUCACGAUAAGCGAGUUGAUCAAAACGUGUGAUCAUCUCAUCACCACGCUUAAACCCUUGAAUGAGGACGGGAAGGUUGUUUUGACGAGGUGGGAUCGGGUGAAGUGGCUGAGGGUGCAGGAUGAUGUUGUUAAGUAUAUUCGGCAGCUUCAAGCGCACAAGGGAUCUGUCACUCUCAUCUUGAACAUUUUGCAAUGCGAGUCAGACGUGGUUAUCGGGGAAUCACAGCGCGCGCUGGAACUCAAGAUUGAUGCAGUCCUCAACAGCAGCGAAGCAACCCAAAGACGCAUCGAAGGUCUCGAAGCGCUCUUCAACAAAUUCAUCGCCGACAACUCCACUUUGAUCCCUUCAAACCGAUCAUCGAUGGCUCCAACUCUACAUCACUGGAAAGAAGACGACAUCACAGAAACAGAUUCAGUAGCGACAUCGCGGAAAUACGACCAGGAUGAAUGGAAUGGCUUCCAUGCAAGCGCAGAACGGUCACUGAGCUUCCCGACAUCGAGUGUCCCGGAAUUAGGAAUGCCAAAACUCAGGCGCUCAACUUCAGCGGAAACUUCGACGAAGAGUGACAGCAACGGUACAACUUCACCACCACGUCGCGAAUUCGAGGCAGCGCUUGAGAAGACGGACGUCUACAAGCGCGUCUACAACUCAACGGACGCUUUCUCAAUACACUCUACCAAAGGCCGCUCCAUGACAGGUUCAGUAAUGACAAGUUUCAGUCUCGCCGACGACUCAUCCAUCUUGUCAGCCUUUCCGAUCAUGAGCAGAACUGAACUUCAACACCCCGAGUUUUAUACACAGAUGAGCGGCAAUCAGCGCAUAUCUCGAGAUCUCAUGAGAGCCAUCACAACAAGAAGUGUUGUAAAGUCUCCAGUGGAACCUCCCCCAGGAGCGCCGUUCUCGCUGAAGCAAUUCAGAUCGCCGCCGAAUUGUGGUGAGAAUGUCAUGGGGCGAUGGCAUCAAUCCCGGACUAAAGCUUGGCGACCAAAGGAGUUUAGAACAGAGAUCCAAUUCGAAGUCCCCGUUAUCUUUGUCGCUACUUCGAAGACUGCAAAGGGACCUAUUGAUGGCGCGCAGGUGUUUCUCAUCGAUGGAACGAGAAAGAGUCUUGAUGAUACAUGGACUGAUCUUGAGCCACCACCUACCGGUACAAUGACCAAGACAGGGCGUUUCAUUAAAAAUGAGCGCGCAACUUGGCUCACGCUACUAUCAAAUUUACAAAAGAUGGAGAACGAAUCGCAGAAUUGGACUCGGCAGCAGAUCAUGGGCUUGAGGCCUCGACCAGCCAGUGCGACAGCAAUACUCACAUCCAUCGCUGGUAAACACACGCUCAACGUCGCGCUUCAACGCGAGAAGAAAAGCUGGGAUGACAUGCCCCCAUCCAUCAAUCGUCCCUACGCAACCACCACCAUGAGCAGCUUGAUAGAGAUGCUCGCUAUGCUGGGUAUAUACUGGAAAGACUUCAACACUUUCCACAAUGUAUACCAAGCCGAAGGAAAUGGCUUUCUUGUGAAGGGUCACAAGAUCAGCGGACUUGGGAUUAUGUUUCACUUUCAAGCGCUGGAGAAGGCUGUUUUUGAAGGGAAUAGGACGGUUCCGAUGAAAGCGGUGACGAGACUUGCUUUUGGACAACUUCCUACGAUAUUUACUGAGGGACAUCCUGAGUAUAAAGGUAGCAAAACGCUGUAUGAGUGGCCAUAUGUUGGGCUGGGGAGUCGGACGGAGAUUGCGGAGACGUUGGCUUCGUUUGGAUGUGGACGCAAGGCGGUCAAUUACUUUUUGAGAGAUGGAGCUGUAACAUCUCAUAUGUUCCCAAUCACUUUUGAACUCAUCGGAAUGAUCAGCCAGGUCUUCCACAUCAAGGAUAUCUGCUUCAGAUACAUCCCGAACCCAUGCUACUGCGUCUGGAGCACGAGAGGCUUCUCUCUGCCCAAGCUUCUGGUUGCAUAUCAGCGAUAUCUUCAAGAAGAUUCCGACAUGACAAACGGACAACUCUCCCUUCAUGUGAAUACCAUCUUCGCGCCGAAGACAGGAAUUCGACCUGGGGAUGGCACCCCGCAGAACUAUACUUGGCAAGCACAGGACACUCUCCACUCUGUCCUCGAUGAACUGGAUGAGUUACUCGAACCAUAUUCCAGAUCGAAACAUGGCAACCCGCUGUUGUCUCUCGGACAGCAAGUCAUCGGCGCUCAUUUCGAAGAACUUCUCUCCCAAAUAAACAGCCAACCCAGUGCCCCUUCCACCCAAACAUUCCCACGCUUCGAAGGUGCCAACGCAACCAACAAAGAGGAUACCCUAAUGAAAGCAUACUUCCAACAAAUUCUCCCCGCCGUGCUAAGAUCCGCAUCGUCAACAUUCUUCAACCUCAAAAACUCAGAUUCCGAAUUCCAUGUUGUCAAGGGGGAGGCCGCACAAACAGCUGAGUAUGCGGCGUAUCUUCGCGCUGCGAAGGAAGUUUGGUAUACUUUUGUUCUAAGGAUGAUCUGCUGGCUGAUGUUGCAUGACUUCCAUCGCGAUGAUGUUCAGAUUCAGAAGGGGAAUCUGUUUGGGAGUGAUAUGCCUGUCUAUAUCUCCUAACGCUGGGAAGUCGAUCGGAUCUUCAUGGAGUGAGCGCUGGUAGAAUAUGGAAAAGGAUGGAACCUAUAGACUUGAUAAGCAGAAGAUGAGAGACUUGUAGAGACCUUGGAAUACAAAUGCACGUCCAUGCUUUCUUGAAACGCCUUCUGUACCCUGACUUGGGUAGGAGUAAGACACCAGAUGCUGAAUAGCUUCUCAGAAGGCUUCAAUUAAGUUUAAGAGUAUGACUGAAACUGAGUUAAAGAUUAUAAUUGCCAGUUUGUAGAUUAAUAUAUGGAAUCUUUUGUGGUGUAUUGAAGAAACUAUUGCAG